CAGGUUAAAUUUACAAAGUUCGAAUUUAUUUAAAAAAUAUCUUUUGUUGACAAAGCUUUCAUUUAAUUAUUAAAAUCUAUCAAGUAAUGAUUUUUUUAUCAUCACAAUUUAAAUAUAUGGAUUAAAAAAAUAAUUUUAUCCACUGGUUUCAAUGGAUUUGUUCAAAUUAACAAGACUUUGCCUAAUCCGUAAGUUAUUUAUAAAAUCAACUCCUCUUAAAAUUUAUUCAAGACAACAAAAUACAUCAGUUUUGGAAAAAAAUAAUUUAAAUGAACAAGAAAUAAAAAUAAGUAAAGAAACAAUUGUCAAAUUAGAACGGUUGUCAUUAGUAGAUUUUGGUAACGAAGCUGGAAUAAAAAGACUCGAGUCGGCAAUUAAAUUUGCUGAGCAACUGAAAUUAUUAAAAAUUGAUGAUUCUGUCAAACCAAUGUACAGUGUUUUGGAAAAUAAAAAUCUAAGAUUAAGAAACGACGAAGUAACUGACGGUAAUUACCGUAAAAAAAUAUUAAAAAACGCAGUUGUCACUGAGGAAGAAUAUUUUGUAGCACCACCAGGAAAUAUUCCACUAGAACAAUGA